UUAUUAGAAGCCGGCUGCAGUUGUGAAACUAAUCAGCGGCUAUUAAAAAGUAUAUUUUAUUAAAUAUUUAUAUUUAUUUAUAAUUAGUUGGUGUAGUCAAAAACAAGUUAUUCCCAGAACAGCUGAUUCAGUAUCGUUUGGUAAACAAUUUGCCCAGCAAAUAUUUUGUUUAUGAUUUAUUGGAAUUGUGAAAUUAGUAAUUAUAACUAAAAUAUAUUAGGAUAAAGUAUAUUUAUAACAGCAAAUCAAAUGGCGAGCAAAAAGUUUAGCGACAUCAAUCUGUACGAUCUUUUGGGCAUUUCCCUGGAGGCCGAUCAAAAUGAGAUACGGAAGGCGUACCGCAAAAGGGCGCUCGAUUGCCAUCCCGACAAGAAUCCGGAUAACCCCAAGGCGGUGGAGCGCUUUCACGAGCUGUCCAAGGCCCUGGAGAUCCUCACGGAUGAAUCCGCCCGUGCGGCCUACGACAAAGUGCUGAAGGCUAAGAAGGCGGCGGAGCUAAGGAGUCGCCAGCUGGACGGGAAGCGGCAGAAGCUCAAGCAGGAGCUGGAGGAACGAGAACGGGCGGCCAUGCACAAGCUGGCCAAGGCCCAGCCCUACAGCACAGUGGCCAAGAGCGACGAGGAGCUGCUGCAGGAGCAGAUCGAGCGACUGAGGCGGGAGGGAUCCCGGCUGCUCGAGGAGGAGCAGCGGGCCAUGCAGGAGCAGUUCCGGCGAAAUCACGCCGAGAAACAGAAGCUCCUGCAACAGCCGGCCCAGUUCGAUUCGGCCCAGCAUCGCAUCAAGAUGAAGUGGAAGGCCGAACCCGGCCAGGAUUACACACAGGAGCAGCUGCUCAAGUACCUCAAGAAAUACGGUGACGUGGUGGCCCUGGUGGUCAACAGCAAGCGACGCGGACGCGCCAUGGUGGAGCUGGCCACCCGGGAAGCCUGCGACAUGGUGUUGGCCUACGAAAAGGGCGAUCCCGCCAAACCACUGCACUUCGAAUGGGUAACGCCGCCUGCGGAUGAGAAGCAGCCAUCCAAUUCAUCCGCCACAGGGAGCACUGGCUCAACCACCGACUACGAGGACCUGGUCAUGCGGAAGAUGCGGCAGGCCGAGGAGCGGAAGCGGCUAAUCGAGCAGAUGAUGAAGGACGAGGAGGGCGAAUAGACUAAAUUAUUUAAGAUCUGUUAUUUAAAUAUUUACAAUUAGGUAACGAUAAGCACAACUAAGAAAGCAAAAUCUUUUCAUUGU